CUUUGAGAUUUUUUUUUUUUUUUUUUGGUUCUCCGUAUCUCCGACUCUGCGUUGUUCAUUGCAUUUUGAGCCCCAAAUUCGAUAAAUGCUUGUUUUCUUCUUUAGGAAAGAUGACUUAGUAGAUGUUUAUGUAACUAUGUGUCUAAAUUAUAUGAUACCCAUAUGCCUAUGUUUGGUUCCGAGAAAAUCUGGAGGAAAGAGAGAUAGGGAAAAUUUGAGUUUUUGUAUAUUUUUUAUUGUUUGUUAAUCCAAAAAGCCAAUCCAAUACGUAUUGACUAAGCCAAAGACUUGUCAGCACUUUGCAAUUGAUCAAACAAGACGAUUUUGUAGGUCUCAUUGCUUCUGUCUUUUUCUCUGAUUUCCCUGCAACCAAACUUUAUAAAGUUUUUUACGAAAAGCUAUAGUUUUGCUACAUAGGGCUCAUUGAAGAUUCGUGCACGAGGCGGAAACCAUUUCUUAUCUUUUUUUCGCUUCCAAGCACCGGGCAUUAGAGAUAAAGGGAUUAAUUGCAUUGCCUAGGAUUUUUAGGUGAAUUUAUGGCCGUGGCUUUUACCAAUCUUUCAUGGUGGCGGUGGAGUGGGAAGCAUCAGGAGCCUGGUAUCUCCAAUAAAUCCUCUAUAAAUUCUUCAUCUGAUUCGACUAUGUUGGAUUCCGAUGCUUUGAAAUUUCCUACGGUGCAACGAGCCAAUAUAGCCUCCUCAUCGAGAAGGGUGAAGCGGAAAUGGCAUAGUCGGGAAGAGCGGAAGAUCGAUAGGGAGUAUGAUGUUGUUCUUGUCCCAUCUGAUGGGGGGUGUGUUUCAGUUACAGAGUCUGAUGAUUCAGAUUGGUCAAUCGGAUGGUUGGAGCCUCAUGGCCAUGGGUUCCAGAGUGAUGAUGAUCCUGACGACAGUUUUGCUGUGCUGGUUCCAUGCUAUGGGCACGGUUACAAUGAUCUGGUGGAGGAUUCAAAGAAGAACAUUUUGAGCACUGUUGGCAACAUCCCAGAUAGUUAUUCAGAUGAGAGCGAGAAAUAUAUGGAACAGUGGCUCUCUUCUCUUCAAAGCCGCUAACUUCCAUGGACUGCUGGUGAUCAACUAUUGGUGCUUAUGAUGCUGCUUCUGUCAUGAGUUAUAAAUUUUAUGUACAGUUGAAGAAGCAAUAAAAAAAAGGAAAAGAAGUUAAAAAAAGGAAAGAGAUGUGCAUAGUUUGAUGGUACUAGUAGAGCAAGGAUUUGCUGAUGUCAGGUCCAACCUGAUAUAAUUCCAAAGAGCAGCAAUGGCGAAGUAUGAGGGAUGGGUGUAGCUCUCAGUGCUGGGAGAGAACUUCCUUUCUCACAGCUCCUAUCCAGUUUGACGGCGAAGGACUGAGCUGCUGCCUUCUUACCUGCUGCUUUGCCAUCUGAGUUUGAACAUGUAUAUAAAAGUGUGAUGUAAUGGUAAUGAGAAUUCUUAGACAGAAAAAAAUGGGGAAAAAAAAAAAAAGAAGAAAAGCAAUUGGUGUGAGUUGGAUAGAAAGUUAAGGUGGUGAAGGAAAAAGCGUGUAGUAGGAGUGUGUGCCCAUAAUUCUUUGAUGUACAUAUAGGAAGGAGGCAUUUGUUAUAUGUUAAUGUGACUGUUGAUUGUAAGAUGACUGUAAAUAUUAUGUUAAUAUUAAGAUGAUUGUACAUAAAA